GUGUUUACUGGAGCCGUAGGUAUACCAGAGCAAAGUUACACUUGUCAUUCACAUUCUGAAGAAUUCAGCACCGGAGCUGUCCAGUUAUUCUCCGCCUUGAUGCAAGACGCUUCAUUGAGUUCGCGCGUCAUCAAACAACGCUGUUUUUCUUCGCUUGCGGAAUAUAUGGUUGAAGGGGUUACACACAAUACGUCAAAGCUGUGGUAUACCGAGGCGCAUAGCAUUCACUGACGAAAGCGAACCCUUUGAAAUGACUGCUGGCAGUGCGUAAAAGGAGCAGAAGAAAUCAAAUCUCAAGUCCCGGAGCGCCACCUGAAUCCGUCCCAGCCAUGGGUGUGCUAAUGUCUAAGAAACAGCAGGUGGAAAAGGUGCAGAAGUGCAGUGUGGUGGUGUCGGCUUUUAAAGAGGGACUGAAGGAUAGGGCGGCCCUGGCCUCUGUGGUCCAGACGGAGGAGGUUGUGGCCGAGAACGUCGAUGGAUCUGCUGAAGGAUCCCACCAGCUUAACACAGACCAGACUGAACCGAAAGAGAAAGAUGACAAACUAGGCUCUUUAUCUACUCAGCAGGACUCUAUCCUGCAAAAAAAGGAGAACAAAGCCAAUCAGGAGGCUUGGGGGCGUCUCCGUGAUGGGAAGGGGGUGGAGCCUGAGGAACUAAAGAAGGCACAUCAGCUCACUUCUCCGGCAUUUGUGCGGCCAAAGAGAGAGGUCAAUGACGACCAGCCAGUAAAUGUGCUGCUUGGGCAAAGAGAGCAGCCUCUCAACGAUGAGAUGUGUGAGGUUUGUGAAGUAUGGACGGCGGAUGAUCUGUUCCCCUGUCGGAUGUGCACGCGGGUCUUCCACGACGGCUGUCUGAGGGAGAUGGGCUACUUGAGCACAGAAGCCCUGCAGGAAAUGAGAGAGAUGGCCCACACCACCACCGGCUGGAGCUGCUAUUACUGCGAUAAUGUGAACCUGCUGCUUACUGAAGAAGAGAUGUACAGUCUGAUGGAGACCUUCAAGCAGUGCAAGAUUAUUCCAGAGUCGUUCCUGGUAUCCGAUGAACUUCUGCAAUACAGGCACUUUGUGACCAAGCAGCUCUUUGAAAGGGAAUUGACUGAUGAGGAGGAAGAAGAGGUUCUGGCCCAGUUUGCCGCUAUGGAUCCAGAUAAAAAAGGCCAGAUUGAGUGGUCUGACUUUCUAUACCAUGAGUCACUUUCAGUGCUGCAGAAGUUUCGUACAGAGAACUCAUUGGUGAGAAUUCUGACAGCAAAGGAGAGGGAUCGGGCACGAGCCGUAUUCCAGAGUCUAGACCAGGACAAAGAUGGAAUCAUCACCAUCGGAGAAGCCAGACGGGUCCAGACCUCAUGGUUCCACAAGAUAAACAAAGAGUCACAGUCGUGCAAUGUCAGUAUCAGCCAUGUCGGUCCAAUAUCUGAAAGCAGUCCAACCAGUUCCAGCAGCGAGAGAAGCAGAGAUAAAGCCAUGGAGAAUGACAACAGACCAGUUACUUGGAACAACUUUCUGAGAGAGAGCGCCAUAUACAUCUUGGCCGCAAGGCCCAACAGCUCAGCCAUGCAUAUCCGUUUGCCACUCUAACCAUGGCUCCAUAGCCUGAGAAUUCCAGAAGGGAUAUAGAUAAUUUCCUAGGUCUGGAUUAAUGAGAAAGAGGUGCUGAGGACUAAACCCUGACACUACGAGAGUCAAAAGCUAAAGAGUACGCCAACACACUCAAAGACUGAACAAGCCAUCAACAGAUUCUUCCACCAAAGACACAAUCUAGCGACACACUGACAAAAUCAAUGCUCUUGAACAAUAGUACAUCUGCCACCACUUUAAAAUUAAGGUUUUAUGAGCUCUAUGCUUUUGUUUUUUUUUGACCAAGUAACUGUUCUAAAGAGGGCCUGUGGCUAAAUAAAAUGGAGAAAGAACUGUUACCCAUUAGCAGAGAAAUUACGGCACCACAGCUUUUGCGUAUAAUGUUUUUGAUGUUAACGUGUUGCACCAUUUUCAAAUUGUAGCUCUAGCCAAAUGAGUUGCAGUAUCGAUGUGAGAGCUGUGGUCUAAUCAUUGCUUAUCUAAUUUCACAGUCACCACAAAAUCUGAAUAUCAAUAAAGUAUGCAUCAAAGGUUCCACAUAGGAAUUAAAGAGAGAGAUGAUAUAUGAUAAUAUAUACACAGUUUUUAUUCUGUAUAUAAAUACACCGAUCAUUCUCUACAAUUGUAGUGAGAAGAACAUAAUCUCCGAAUGCUAUUCUGAGAUGCUUGUUGGCGCUGUUUUGGCGGUACGAGGGGGACCUAUACCAUAUUAGGGAGGUGGUUUUAAAGCUGUGGCUGAUCGGUGUCUAUAUAUAGUAUGUAUAUUUAUUUCCCAUACCUUACAAAUUAAUUGACUUGCUUUUUCUGUCUUUUUUUUUUAUGUUUCUUUAACUCACUAGUUUCAUACUUAUUGUAUUUUACUGGAUUUGUAAAAUAUGUAACCACCUGUAGAGAUGACAGUACCCAGUGUUAACCCAGUAGCUGAUGCAAAUGUACAAUCUUCUAAAAGACUUGCUGUCAAAUGCUUAUUUAAAGGCAAGAGAGAGCAAUUACUUUAUCUUCAAAAGCUUCAUAAUCAGGUCCAGAACUUAUUGCCAAAAUAAAACGGACGCUUCCUUUAUUUUUACAAUAGAAUCUUGUGGAAUUUAUUAUUGUAUUUUUUUUUUUUUUUUUAGAUCUGGAGCAGGCCUAUAAAUGGUCAAGCAACUUUUUAAUAUCUGAAACCAUUUCAUUUUUAGGCCUAAACCGUGCACUUUCCUUUAAAGGGAUAAUUCAUCCAAAAAUGAAAAUUCUCUGAUAAAUUAC